UUUUUAACCAGUUUUAGCUCUGCAAACUUUCUUCUUAACAGUGUCAAAUUAGGAUGUAAAACAAAGAUUCAUCCUUUUUGAUGGAAUGUUAGAUUCGCAAUUUAUAUUCGUGCAAAAUAUUUUGCAUCAAUUGCAAACAAAAAUUAAUAUUAAUGAAACGGUGCAGAAUUCUUUUGGAACAAACGAAAAAGAAAUAUCCGAGAGUAAUGUCUUUUGAGUGAGUCAGUUUAGCUCGCAACUUUCCUUGAACAGCGAGAAGAACGCGCACUCAAACAUGAGAGACAAGAGGCUGUUUAUUGUGUACGUAACGAUAAUAUGUUGUUGGUUUGGCCAUAUACAAGAGAACGAGGCCCAAAUCACAAAAAGAGGAGAUUGUCCAAACUACCAAACCUCCCCAAGAUUCAAGUCAUCACUCAUAGACAAG